AUGAACAGAAAGAAAAUGGAAACUCUCAAAGAAACAACAAAUAGCAUGGUAGAAUCAACUAAACACUGCAUUGUGUUGCUGCAGAUUGCUAAAGAUACUAUUAAUCCUGUAGAUGCAAUCUAUCAACCUAGUCCUUUGGAACCUGUGAUCAGCACAAUGCCUUCCCAGAUUGUGUUACUUCCAGAACCUGUUCAGUUGUGUAAGUUAAAACAGCAGCGUCCAUCUUCCCUACCAGUUGGACCUGUGUUGGCUACUUUGGGACAGCAUCAGACUCCUACACCAAACACUACAGGCAGUGGCCAUUCACUGCUGAAUAGCAGUCUAACUUCUCCAAGCCAUGUGAACUUGUCUCCAAAUACAGUCCCAGAGUUCUCUUACUCCACCAGUGAAGAUGAAUUUUAUGAUGCCAAUGAAUUCCAUCAAACUGGCUCAUCCCCAAAGCACUGGAUAGAUUCUUCUGGAUCUGCCUCAGUCCUGACACACAGGAGCUUGGAUAGUUAA